AUGAGGUUCUCGAUAUAUUCUGCAACCUUGGUACUAUUGAGCGCUCAAGCGACAGCAGCCUUCAUCAUCUACCCCAGAACCUGGGACUAUGUGGGCCUCCCGGACUGCCCAGCGAAAUGUCUAGUCCCCGCUCCAAAGGUGGACUGUGCAGUACCAGUGCCGUACGAACUCGUCUUUGACAAGACCUGCUUGGACUGCUGCUCCGAUGAGGAUAAGUAGGUCUCCCCCUCCAUCAUAUGAUAUAUCCCCAAAUUGAAUACUGGCUAAUGCGGUUUACGGCGGAUAGAAAAGCGGUAAAUAAUUGGUAUGCUCUAUACUUUCUCACUCCCUUGUUUUCGCCACGGGGUGCGAAGGCUAAUUGAGAAGUACGACAGGUGUAUAAACCUAUGCAAGAACACAACUCCUACACCUCCACCGCUUCCAGUAUGUACGGCUACGAUAACGAAGGUUAAGGAACGGACGAUGUAUACCGGGUCUGUAACGGUGACUUUGACGAGGACGGUGUACCCGCCCAUCCCUCCCACAGCGACGAAAACCGUUACGGCGACGAGAACACUGUCCACGGGUUCUGUAUGUCCGAACACCGUCACAGUUUCCAACACCCUUUUCACUGCCACGACGAUCACGACGGCGAGGACGUCAGUAAUCUCGACAGCGACGGUGUUCACGAACACCAUCACCACAACCACCUCCACCAUAUCCACUGCCACAAUAUUCACAAACACCAUCACGACGACCACCUCCGCAAUCUCAACCUCAACAAUCUACACAACCACGCACACAACCAGCACUAGCGCAACCUCCACAUCAACAACAAUCAGAAUCCUCACGACAACCUUCACAACAACGAGCACCUCCCUCUCCCUCACCACUCUCCCACAAAUAACCACAAUCCUGACGACGACAAUUACAACCACUCGCCCACUCCUCCCUCCAGAAACGAUAACCAGCACACUGACACAGACAACCGCCGCCCCCAUCUCAACCAUAACCUCCACAAUCCCGAUAACGAUAACAAGCACGUACGCCUCCCGCGUAACAACGGGCACGGACACAGCCACAAUCACGAGAAUGGAGAAGGAGACGCGAACCGUCACACAAGUAUCGCUGCAAACGGUGAUCGACGACAGGGACCAGAUCAUUGUGUACCACGACCAGUGGGUCAAGGUCGUCGUGAUAUUCCUCCUGGCGCUGCUGGCGUGGUUCGUGGGCGUCUGGCUGAUCUGGAAGGAGUGUGUAUGUUGUGAGUACGCUCCUCCUCCUCCUCCGCCACCACCACCACCACCACCGCCGCCGCCGCCCCCAGCGGAGGGAGGUUAUUAA